UUCCCAGUGGCCACUGGUUUCCCAGCAGGCCAGACACCACUGGAGACCCGCCUGCAAGAAGUCCGCAUGGCGGUUGCUGAUGGUGCUGCCGAGAUCGACAUUGUCAUCAACAGGACGCUUGCCCUCACAGGACAGUGGGAAGCCAUGUAUGAUGAGAUCCGUCAGUUUCGGGAGGCCUGUGGUGACGCCCAUAUGAAGACCAUCCUGGCUAUUGGAGAGCUCGGCACAUUCACUAAUGUCUACAAGGCCAGCAUGGUCGCCAUGAUGGCUGGUUCAGACUUCAUCAAGACGUCCACAGGAAAGGAGGCUGUCAAUGCUACUUACCCUGUUGCCAUAGUGAUGAUGAGAGCCAUCCGUGACUACUUCCUGUAUACUGGCUACAAGGUGGGCUUCAAGCCAGCAGGGGGGAUCCGGACGGCUCAGGAGAGCCUGGUGUGGCUCAAUCUGGUCAAAGAGGAGCUUGGCAACGAUUGGCUCUGCCCUCACCUGUUCCGCCUGGGAGCUAGUAGCCUGUUGGCUGACAUCGAGAGACAGGUGAGAACUCACGCUUGCUGCAAAGUUCUUUGCACAUACAGUGCUGUGAAAAAUAUUUGCCCUCUUACAGAUGUCUUCUAUUUUUGCAUAUUUGUCACAUGUAAAUGUUUCAGAUCAUCAUACUAAUUUCAAUACUAGACA